UUUAGCACAUCCCACGGUAAGAUCAUAGAAUAUUUCAUAUAAUCUUUCGUCAACGAUUUCGUGUACCAUCGCAAAAUAUGCAUAUAUACACGCUCAUCCUCAUCAGCCCAAGCAAAUAACACACAAUUCAGUUUAGUUAGCAUGUACGCAACAAAGCCGCUCUCCCUGUUCAGGAGCCAGCCGGAGGCGGCGUCACGGCCGCCGCCGGAGGGCCGGAACUCCGGCUACCUCGUCGUGAAGAGCCCCGACGACGACGGCGACGACGGCAAGACGUGCUGCUGGGGCACGUGCGGCGGGACGCGCGUGUGGGAGCUCCCGUUCCCGCAGAACCGCGUGCUCACGGUGCGGUACACGGAGGACCACGACGAGAGCAACACCACCUACGCCGACGCCGUCGUGUUCGUGCCCGUCCCCGACCAGCCGCUCGCGUCCAACCGCUACUACGCCGUCAUCGCCACGGGCAGGCGCAAGGGGCUCGUCAGGGCGUGCUCCCGCGAGGAGGACAUGACCCCGUGCUGCUUCUGCCGGUGCAUCAGCGACGUGGAGCCGCGGCCGUUCGACCCGGCCGACGUCUACCAGCAGAUCGAGAUCGUUCAGCGCCGGCGGGGGCGGUUCACGGCGAGGGCCGUCGCCGCCGACGGCUUCCCGUACUUCCUGUACCGCAAGAAGUACUGGCGCGUGUACGCGUCCAAGCCCAAAAACUACGACCUCGGCGAGGCGGCGCGGGGCCUCGACGCCGCGCUCCGAUCGCGCCAGCUAUCUGACGCCAACCUCCUCGACGCUCUCCCGGCGCCGACCAACAUGGCCGUCGGGAAAUGGUACUGCCCAUUCUACCUCAUCAAAGAAGACGGCGUCGCGCCAGCAGAGCAGAUGGACCGCAGCGCGUUCUACGAGGUGGCGCUCGAGCAGCGCUGGGAGCUGGUGCACGAGCACCGCGGCGGCUCGAAGCUGGCCAGCAAGAAAGCAUUCAUCGGCGGGAGCGUGGAAGCGAGGCAGGAGGCGGGGAGCUCGCGACACGGCGAUGCGUACGCAUGGUUCAGGGCGACGGCGACGGGGCAGAGGAUCGGGGUGUGCACGAGCGUGUGGGAGAGGAUGCGGUGGGAGGAGUACAGAGGUGGGUGGGUCGACGAGGAGGAGGACGCCGGGAAGGUGGCCGGCGGAUCCGUGCUGGUGGAGAGAUUCGUGGUGAAGAGGAUGGAUGGCAGCGUGGCCGUGGCCUUUGACUUUGUGCAUCUCAACAAGAUCAGAGCAAAGGAGUUGUGAAUUCAGCCUUACUUUUGCUUGCACGCGCAUGUUUGUGUGUGUGUGUGUGAGAGAGAGAGGAGAUGGUAAAUUAUGUAGGUGUCUGUGAGAUAAUGGUAAUGGUGUUAUUAAGGCUUCUUGCUUAAUUAGGCUGUUCAUCGCCUUGCAUCUAUAUCCAGGGUUCAUCGUUUAAGGUUUUUGUGUAAAUUAAGUUUUGUGUACUUUUGGUAUUGUGUGCCAU